GUCAUAGUCAGAGCGGAUCAAUAAGAAGGCCAGUACAGGUGCAACCAGAAGAAGCAUGGCAGGCGUUCUACUUCGAAGUCUUCAUAAUUUGGAAAGCUCACCAGAUGACCCUACCGCUAAAUGGACAGUUCCUUUAAGUGACGGAAAUCAUGUGGUAGAAUUCGAACAUGGAACGGCAACAGGCCGACGUGUGGUAAAGAUCGAUGGUAAUGAAAUAGUUCACAGGGACUGGAUGUUUCGCUUGGUCGGUGACGAAGUCUUUGUAUUUAAUAAUACCAAAUUCGUGAUCAGGGUUGAUCCAAUGCCAGGUCUGAAAUAUUCUUACUCGUUGUGGGUAAAUGGAAAGAGUUAUAAGCAGUUUGUUCAGUCGCAAUCUAAAAUACUGGAAACUUGGUUAGCCAAAGUUGGAAACGAAGAAUAUAGAAUUGUGUUAGACAAACAGGCUCAUAAUGUGUGGAUAAAUGGACAAGAAAUUGAAGUCGAGAAUGAAUUUACGGACGGUGGUGCAGAAAUUCUCUUCUCCAUUGGCGAUUUACCGGCUACAAUCAGGUCUUACAGUUCAGAACAGAAGGACAUUGGUAUAGCGUACGUUUUGUACGUCAAUGAUGUUGAAAUACAGCAAGAAGCUUUAAUGGAAAUCUCGUAACUAGAAUAUAUUGUUCUGUAUUUUAGAUAGUUCAUUUGUAUUUACUAGCACAACACAGGCGCGCGCUACGC